UUUACUAUUAUUGGCAGCCAAUCAAUAAUUUAGACCAAAAUUGGUAAACGAGUGUUGAGUCUUGAGAAGUCUGAUAGAUAUAUCAAACGUCUGUUUGUGUCCAUCCAGUGAAAGCAAACAAUUUCGGAUCAAUUGGGUGACACCAACAUCAACAUCGACAACAACAACAACAACAACUAGAAGACAUCUUAAUCAAGAUAUAUAUAUAGUAUACUAAAUGGCACUGAAAAGGAUACGUAAAGAGCUGAUUGAGAUACAAAAAGAUCCGCCGCCCAGAUGUACAGCACAUCCGAUUGGCGACAAUCUGUUUGAAUGGGAGGGUCGGAUCGAUGGUCCACCGGAUACGCCCUAUCAAUCCGGUUGUUUCAAACUGUUCAUACGUUUCCCCACUGACUAUCCGUUUCAUCCGCCGUUCAUCAAGUUUACCACAAAGAUCUAUCAUCCGAACAUCAGUCCCGACGGUAUCAUAUGUUUGGAUACAUUGAAACAGAACUGGAGCUGCGCACUGACCAUCAGCCAAGUGUUGCUAAGUGUUCAACAGUUGCUAACAGAUCCCAAUCCAAUGGAUCCAAUGGUUCCCAGUAUUGCCCAACAGUAUCGGACUAAUCGGCCGGAGUUUACCAGAGAAGCCAAACGCUGGACAACAUUGUACGCCGUCGUCGUCGACACCGAUUCAGACACUAAUAAUGAUAAGAAAACUAAAGAUAAACAAAAGAAGAACUAG